AUGAUUCAAGAUGACAGCGCAAUUGUUUCUUGUCCGAUGCUUCUUGAGCCUUCUUCGUCGACUUCACAACCUACUGUCCAGGUACUAAAUGGCUCCUACUAUGGCAUCUAUAAUCCAACCUAUGAGGAGGACCUUUUCCUGGGCAUGCCCUUUGCGCAGCCGCCAGUAGGCGAUCUCCGGUAUCAGAACCCACAGCCCUUGAACACCACCUGGACUGAGAGCAGAAAUGCCACUCAGUACUCGCCUGAGUGCUGGGGGUUUGGCAGUGAUGAUUGGGUUCUCGGUAAUCCUGUGUCAGAAGAUUGCUUGACCUUGAACGUGAUCAGACCAGCUGGCGUGGCAGCCGAUGCAGAGCUGCCCGUGGGUGUCUGGAUUUACGGCGGAGGGGGCUAUGAAGGUGGGAGUCUCGACCCCCGCUACAACCUCUCCUUUAUAGUGCAGCAAUCUAUACAAUCCGAGAAGCCCAUGAUCGCCGUCAGCCUCAACUACCGCCUGCAGGGUCUUGGUUAUCUCUUCAGCGAGGAGAUCCUGAGCCAAGGCGUGGCCAAUCUCGGGUACAAGGACCAGCGCCUCGCUCUCCACUGGAUACAAGAGAACAUUGCCGCGUUCGGAGGUGACCCGACCAAGGUGACAAUCUGGGGCGAGUCCGCAGGAGCAAGCUCAGUGGGCUACCAGCUGGUGGCCUACGGAGGGCGAGACGACAAGCUGUUCCGCGGCGCCAUUGAAGAGAGCGGAGGGCCAGUCACCAACAAAGUAACCCUGACGGCCCAGGACUGGCAGCCUUACUACGACAACAUCACCAGAGCCGUCAACUGCAGCUCGGCAUCCGACACACUCGCCUGUCUCCGCACGGUGCCCAUCAGCACACUCGCAGGCGUGCUCAACUCCAGCGUGACCGCGAGCGUGCCAGCCUGGGGAGCAUCCAUUGACGGAGACUUCUUACAAAACACAACCACGUCGCUCUUGCUCUCGGGCCACUUUGUCCGAGUCCCGCUCCUCCACGGGCGCAACCACGACGAAGGUGCUAUGUUUGCCACAAAGGGGGUCAACACCACCGCACAAUUCCUCGCCGCCGUCACCUCGUCUGGCUUCAGCAACGAGACGGCCCAGACCAUGGCAGUUCUGUACCCUGACAUCCCCGCCAUUGGCAUCCCGGGUACCCUCCAUGGCCGGCCGACAGGCGCGUAUGCCUACCUGGGCGCGCAGUGGAAGCGCGCAGCUGCGUUUGCGGGCGACCUGGCCCAGCACGCGCCCAGACGGCUCAUCAGCCAGACGUAUGCGAGGUACAACGUCAGCAGCUGGAGCUACCACUUCAACGUGCUGGUCCACGGCCUUCCGGCCGCCACUGGUGCCACGCAUUUUCAGGAAGUGGCUUUUGUUUUUGAUAAUACCCAAGGGCUUGGGUAUGAGAACGCCGUGGCGGAGGAUCCGUUCGCCGAUGAGCCCGAGACGUUUGACCAGCUGGCCAAGAUGAUGAGCAGGUCGUGGGUGAGCUUUAUUGUGGACGGCGAUCCAAACAAUUCCGGACUUGGGGCGCAUUGGCCAGUGUAUACUCUGGAGGACCCGCAGAAUAUGUACUUUGACGUCAACAUAUCUGGUCUGGCACGUCCUGAAGCGGAUUACUAUCGAGCUGCAGAGAUCCAGUAUAUGCAGGAACAGAUCAUCUCUACAUUUGCAUAG